AUGUAUCUCCAAUCUUCUCUUGCAUUAGCCUUUCUGCGGGUUGCGGUGGUUCAUGGUUACGCGAACCCGGGGGCUUGCUCUGGUGCCUGCAACAUCCAUGACCCUGCCUUGAUUCAGAAUGGCGAUGGAACAUACUAUCGCUUCUCGACAGGGAAUGGCAUUUCCUUUGCUACUGCUUCGUCCAUUGAGGGUCCUUGGACAGCUGUUGGAUCUGUAUUGCCUGAUGGAUCCUCGAUUGACAAUUCAGGGAGUAAUGACCCUUGGGCACCCGACGUGCAAAAGGUGGGUGACCUUUACCACCUCUACUACGCCGUGUCAAGCUUCGGCUCCCAAGAAUCCGCCAUCGGUCUCGCAACCUCUGAGACCAUGGAAGAAGGCACCUGGACCGACCAGGGCUCAGUUGUUACAUCCACAACCGGUGACCAAUACAACGCCAUUGACGCCAACCUGCUAGUGGACGGUUCCGCCAACUACCUAACCUUUGGAUCCUUCUGGCAAGACAUCUUCCAAGUCACACUGAAUGGGGACGCCACGUCUUCGACGUCAACGCCGGUUAACGUUGCUUUCGAUCCGGCUGAUACACAUCCGGUUGAGGGUGCUUACCUCUACAAAUACGGUGAUUAUUACUACCUGUUUUACUCAUGGGGAACAUGCUGUGGAUAUGAUCAAACUCGACCCGCUGAAGGGCAGGAGUAUAAGAUCAAGGUUUGUCGGUCGAGCACGCCGACUGGAGGCUUUGUUGAUGCGAACGGUGUCGCAUGCACGGAUGGCGGUGGUACCGUCGUUCUCGAGAGCCAUGACAAUGUCUAUGGACCUGGUGGACAGGGUGUAUACACUGACCCGACCCUUGGCCCUGUUCUCUACUAUCACUAUGUUGAUACGACCAUCGGCUAUGCUGACUCCCAGAAGCUAUUCGGAUGGAACGCCAUGGACUUCUCCAGUGGAUGGCCUACUGUCUAA